GAAGCCUUGUGAUAUUGAAGAAGAAAGUCCAACUAUAAUCAGUACGGAGACAACACCUACUUUAACUCCAUGCCUCGUACAACCUGGAACACUAUCAGCACAGAAAAAAAAUCCACGCAGUGUUUCUAUAAAUGUGGAAUGUCAAGAUUCUCCAGAAGCGACCAAUAAAACUUAUGGUAAUUAUACAGGUUCUAUAUGCCAUUUCCAAGAUGUAACAGAUUCAGAAUCACCGCCAAUAUUUAAAAUGCCACAGAAAUCAAAAAUAAUUUACCCGGAACCAGCUCCAGAAGGGAUUCGAAGAUCGAGGCGUGUACGAGUUCAGACGUUAGAAAGUCAUAAAAUGGAGAGAAUUGUUUAUGAUUACAGACGCAGAUCAGGUGUACAUGUAAUGGCCAUUCAACCUUCUAAUGAAGCCAAAUAUUUAGCUCAUAGUGAAAAACUAGCUAAAGCAAGAUUAAAACGCAAUAAAUUGAAGAAGGCAAAACAAAGAAGACAAAAAGAUGGUCGUAAUUUAUCAAUGCAUACUGUAUUACCAGAUGAUUUAGAAAUGACGUUUGGUCACGAACUUCCUAUAAUUAAUCCAGAAACAAACCAAGAAGUUUUUGUCGAUUGUAUAGCACAACAGGACAGUAUUGUGUAUAUUGGUCCUAAUGGAGAAAGUCCUAAAGCUUCCGAUCCAUUUGUGAUGUGUCGGGCUGUAAACCAAAGAUCAUUUUCUGCAGGAGAAAUAAUAUUACGAGGAUUAGCCGAGAAACCAUUACAGAGAAUAACAAGCAGUACACUUAUAUUUCGUAUAUUACAUGGUAAAUUAGCUGUAACUAUCCAUAGAAAAGUGACUGUACUGGAAACUGGUGAUACCUUCUUUAUACCUCUAGAUACAACGUACAGUUUACGUAAUUUACGGAAUGAAGAAGCUAAAUUAUCUUAUGUGAAUAUAUUGAAGAUAGAGUAAUAAAACAAAUAUUGUUAAUUAUUAUUUUUUAUUGAUGUGGUUUGUUGUUCAAUAGCUGUUACAUGUAUCAGUCCUUUAGGUGUGUUUAUCUGUUUGUUGUUCAAUAGCUGUUAUGUAUUAGGUCUAUUUAUCAUUUUGGAAGGAUUCACAUUAAAACUAAUGUUCACCUGUACAUUUAACAUUUUUUGUUGUCUGUGGUUGCUUUAAAUGUUCUAUAUGAAACCAUGUGUAUAUACAUUAAAAAUGU